UCCUUCUUCCUUCUGUAUUUUACUUCCCUGUUUUCGUACACAGUGUAAAAAAAACUACAAACCUCAUUGCCAACUAUUGAGUGUUGAGAUAUCGCUUUAUACAGGCAUAACUGGCCAUUCACAAUGACUCAACUGCUUCCUGAGGACAUUAGGAACAUUAUAACAGAUUUGGAAUCUUAUCUUUGUGAUGUCUUAAAAGGAGAAACAUUAUCAAAAAAGGCAAAGGAUAAAAAAGAUGCCCUUAUAAAGAAGAUAAAGGACAUAAAAUCUAACUACCCCCAGGAAUUCCAUGAUAAAGGAGACUCAGAUGAUGUGGAAGAUCUGGAUGGGUUUCCUCGCCCCCCUGACACAUAUUCUCUUGCCUCUGACCGAGAUAAGGAUGAGGAGCUGACUUCUGACGGAAAUCUGCAUCCACCAGUUGCCGCUCAGGAUCUGGAAGCUACAAAGGCAGGUUAUCUAGAGAAGCGAAGGAAAGAUCACAGCUUUUUUGCAUCAGAAUGGCAGAAGCGCUGGUGUGUACUGAGCCUCACCACCUUUUACUACUAUGGGAGUGACAAAGACAAACAGCAGAAAGGUGAAUUCUCUCUCGAAGGGUACAGCGCCAGGAUAAAUAAUACUCUACGCAAGGAUGGAAAGAAGGAUUGCUGUUUUGAAAUCUACGCUGCUGAUAAACGCGUCUAUCAGUUUGCUGCAUCAACCCCCAAGGAGGCAGAAGAGUGGGUAAAUGCAAUUCAACAAGAUAUAGAUGGUGAAACAUAUGAUGAUGUGACCCAGCCAACUCCCACUGAUGAAUGUGAAGACAUAUAUGAAGAGGUUCCAGGGGAAAGUAGUAAUCCCGUGAGUGUCCCGGAGAUACCGAAGCCUCUGAAGGCCCCCAUAAGCCAAGCAUCUCCAAGCAGUUCUCCAGCAGGAAAAGAGACCGACUAUAAAAACUUCUACAGAGGCUUAUGGGACUGCACAGGAGAGAACCCUGAUGAAUUAUCCUUUAAACACGGUGACGUCAUAUAUAUUCUCAGUAAGGAGUACAAUAUAUAUGGCUGGUGGGUAGGAGAAAUGAAGGGAUCCAUUGGCCUGGUGCCUAAAGCGUACAUAAUGGAGAUGUAUGAUAUUUGAGAGGCCUGGGAAUUAUCAUUUAUAGGAAACAAGGAGGAGAAGAUCUCUCCGUCGUGGACUAUUUCAUAUAUUGUUUGCACGGUAUUGGGGUUAUCAUGUUUAUAAGAAGGAGGGACAUGGGCAUUACUUAACAUUGCGGUGUUCUGGAUAUUGUACAUUUUAAUAUGUCUUACUUCUAUUUCUGAUGUCACAGAAAAUAAAAAAAAGAAUAUAACCUUUAAAAAAAUAUAAGAAAACUUUUUAUGACUCUGAAAUCCUAAAUUGUUCUGUCAAUUCAAUAAAGUUUUCUUUUG